UGGGGGCGCAGUUUUGCAGAUCCAUGUAGCGGACGCGUGUGCUAGCACGGAAUUAACCCCGGCCGGCGGCGGCGGCGGCGGCGGCCACAUCUCGGGAUUUACCACAAGCUUGGAUGCUGUGGGCUUCUCCUGCAUCAGAAUGGGAUGCGUUUGCUGCUGCUGCUGCCCGGUUCAAACGCAUAUCUGGGACAAGAAACGCGUUGACCUUUGACUUGCAGCUGACGACAACACAAAGGUCGCUGAGUGACAGCGAGAAGCUUAGAAGCGCAUCUUUGCGGAGCGAUAGGAUUGCGCUCCCGAAUGCCUGAAAGUUGGUCGAUAGUGGCAGAGAUAGCUUCAUUACCGGCAGAGGAGGAGGAGGAGGCACGCACGGAGCAGGCCCGGUAGCGGCUCUCCACGGACCCAAGGCCAGCCCGGGGAAAGUGGAAGACUGCAGCACCAUGGACAGCUCAGAUAUGGAUGCCAACUACGGUGGAGGAUUGUUGGAUAUGGUUAAAGGCGGAGCUGGGAAGUUCUUCAGCAACUUUAAAGACAAUCUCAAGGACACACUAAAAGACACUUCCACAAAGGUCAUGCAUCAGGUUGCCACGUACACCAAAGGGGAGCUCGACAUAGCCUACAUCACGUCAAGAAUCAUAGUGAUGACCUACCCGGCCGAGUCUGUGCAGAUUGGCUACCAAAACCACGUGGAGGACAUUCGGUCCUUCCUGGAUACACGUCACGCUGACCAUUACACUGUCUUCAACCUGUCACAGCGCAACUACCGCGGAGCCAAAUUCCCCAACAGGGUUUCCGAGUGUAAUUGGCCCGCUCUGCAGGCUCCCAGCCUCCACAACCUCUUUGCUGUUUGUAAGAACAUGCACAACUGGCUCAAACAGAAUCCCAAGAACGUGUGCGUCAUCACCUGCUCGGACGGCCGUGCGCCCUCCGGUGUGUUGGUUUGCGCCAUGUUUUGCUUCUGCCACCUCUUCAACAAUCCCGUUCCGGCCGUGCAACUCCUCAGUGCCAAGAGACCAGGCUCGGGCCUCUGGCCUUCACACCGCAGGUACAUCGGCUAUGUAUGUAGCAUGGUGUCGGAGAAGCCCAGUCUACCCCACAGCAAGCCUCUGAAGAUCAAGGCUCUCACCAUCAGUCCAGUGCCCUGUUUCAACAAGCAACGGAGCGGCUGUCGGCCCUUCUGCGACGUGCUCAUCGGAGAAACCAAAAUCUUCUCUACGGCCCAGGAGUACGAGCGAAUGAGAGAGCACAGAGUUCAAGAGGGCAAAGUGGUUUUUCCUCUGGGCGUCAGCGUGCAAGGAGACGUCGUCGUUUCUGUCUAUCACAUGAGGUCCACCAUAGGGGGACGUCUGCAAGCCAAGGUGUCGAACAUGCAGAUUUUCCAGAUCCAGUUUCACACUGGCUUCAUUGCACCCGCAACCACUAUGUUGAAAUUUAACAAACCAGAGCUGGACGCGUGCGACUCUCCCGACAAGUAUCCCCAGCUGUUCCAUGUGAUAUUGGACGUGGAGGUGGAGGGCUUAGACAAACAGAAAGACCUCACGCCACCCUGGGAGCAGUUCCCGUCAAAAGAUCUGAGUCCCAAUGUGCUUUUCACCUGCCAUCAGGAACAUCAGGAUGCUCUCGCCAUCGCCGAGCCAAGCAGGCCCCACGGGGGUCCCGACGGCCGAGGCCACGGUGAGGAAAGCGAGCCCUCUGACGACGACAUGAUCUCCCUCUCCAGCCAGCGGAGCAGCACCAGCACAGCCCCCCAUAAAGGGGAUCAGCCUUCUCCGACCCCCGUGGACCCGGACCCACCCGGAGAAGUCGAUCUCCUUGGCCUGGGUGGCGAAGAUAUCAAGCAACCACCUCCCGUUACCCACGCUCCAUCCACGAGCACUGACCUCCUGGGGGACUUGUUCGGGGCUCCACCGCAGCCAACCAGCGGGGCGUCAUCCAAUCACUCCACUCCACGUAAAACAGUGGCGAGCUCUGCCUCGCCGUGUGCUUCCCCUGGCCCACCAGUGUUCGACCCCUUCGGAGGCGGGCCUAGGCCUCAACCUCAGGAGAUGAUGGGCUCGUUCCUCGGAGCAGGUACGGAGCAGUCGGCCUCCUUCUUGCAUGCCGCUCGCUCUCCAUCCCCCACCUUGCAGCCCGCAAGCUUUGGACGGAGUUCCCCCGUCCAAGCCGCUACCCCGAGUGUCAACAUUCAGCAGCAAAACGUCAUGGGAGGCUGGGAAUGGAACAGGACAGCCACCACCGGCGCAGGAGGAGGCGGCGGCGGCGGCUUGGGAGUGGGCAGUCGAUCGGCCACGACGAGUCCAACGGGCUCGCUCCACAGCACACCCACCCACCAAAACAAGCCAAACACUCUGGACCCCUUUGCUGACAUAGGUAACCUCGGGGGAGGUUCUGGAUUCUCCAGCAAGCCCACCACACCGACAGGAACGAGCCCUUCCUUUCCUUCCACGGGCUCUCCAUCGCGGUCUCCGCAGCAUGCAGGAGGGUGGCAGCCCCACUCGGGAGCUGCUUUCCCAUCGUGGCAGCCUAACACUGCCACAGGAGGCUGGCAGCCGCAAGGACAAGGAGCCACUCCCCAGCCCAAGCCAAGUCCGAGCCACGUGUCCGGCGGGCCUCACACUUCGCCGCAGAACCGACCCAACUAUAACGUUAGGUUCUCUGCAGGCGGGGGUGGAUCACCCGGCGCUGCGGGCAAAGCACAGACGGGAUUGGGCUCUAAGCCCAAGGCUUCCAAUGCCAACUUUGAUGACCUGCUGUCUGGUCAAGGCUUUGCAGGGGCCAAAGAGAAGAAAGGACCCAGGACUAUUGCAGAAAUGAGGAAGGAAGAAAUGGCCAAAGAGAUGGACCCGGAGAAAAUAAAGAUUCUCGAAUGGAUUGAGGGGAAGGAGCGCAACAUCCGGGCUCUCCUGUCCACAAUGCAUACAGUGUUGUGGGAAGGAGAAACUCGCUGGAAGCCAGUUGGCAUGGCUGACCUGGUGACUCCAGAACAGGUCAAAAAGGUCUACCGCAAAGCCGUCCUGGUCGUCCACCCAGAUAAGGCAACGGGACAACCCUAUGAACAAUACGCCAAGAUGAUUUUCAUGGAACUAAAUGAUGCCUGGUCAGAAUUUGACAGCCAAGGACAAAAACCUCUGUACUGAAAAAAACAAAAUGGAUUGCAAAGAAAUGAGGGAAGAGAAGAUCCUGACACGUUUCAAAGCACUCUGGUCAAUAUUUGCAUUCAUACAGCCACCUCACACAUUGAACACAUGUUCUUUUACUGCCAUUGUGUAAAAUCAUUUGUGCAAUAUUAUCUCAGCGCUCAAACACUAUUGAGCAAAUCGGACUUGAUCAAACUAAAAGAGUCGAUAGUGCCCAUACAAGAUAAGAGCAAAAGUCAUCAGCGAGUAGACUGUGACCAAGUUGACGACACUAAGUGUUCCCGUUGACAGACUCCAAUAUGACAAUAAAAGCUGACAACGGAUAUUGUGGAACAUAGCGAUCGAUACCAAUUUCGACCAUUGCCUUUUUCCUGGCUGUAAUUUGGGAUCAGCACAUGUAGAGUUGUAAACAUGAAGCACUUUGAAAUGAGUGCUAGCUAGUUUGGUCAAAGCACAAACAAAAGAGGAAAGGCAAUUAUUAGUCAUUAAUUUGUGCAUUAUCAGCACAGGGCUCCCCUUUUUUUAAAAUAUAUAAAUUGUGCUUGUCUUUUGCUCAACUGAUUGAAAAACUUGCACAUGUCUGAGCCAGUAACUCCUCAACAGAGUUUCCAACUACACUAGAGCAAAGGUUACGCAAUGCCACGAAUCGCCUGUUGCUCCCCCAACUCGUUAGAAUGCAAUAAUGGGUUGACUUUGCAACAGGUCUGGAAUGAAAUCCUAAUGUAAUACUGACGGAAAUCUUCUUUUGUCUCCAUAAACCGGCUGGUACUGUAAAAAGCGACAUUGAAAUUGAUGCCGUGAGCUUACUUGUGGAUGACCAUUUCUCUCUUUGAUUUGUUUUAAUAAUGCUCAUACAGUUUGUCAGGAAUAGCAUCAAAUUAAAGCUAAUUGACAUAUUCCAAGACAUUUCCAGUCCAUUUGAUGCCUGUUUUCAGACCCCAUUUAUUGGAAUCCCGUUACUGUUGUCAUUUUGUCGGAAUCUUUUUUUUUUUUCAGGACUCUCUUAUCUGUAUUUUGUAUAGUGAGUGAAAAGCAAAAGACGCUUUAAUUGAUGUCUGGGAUCCAAAAUGAUUUGGAUCUCGCAAAGCGUAGCGGGCGCUCAGAGACACGUGCAAACACAGGAUUUGUUGUGUAUGUUCUAUUGUGCUCUACUUCCAAGGAUGAUCAAUGUGAAAGUAGCUCCUAAUCUGAAUAAUCCCUCGACAGUCAUCCAAAUACUAUCAAUAUCUGUGUUGUACUCUGUGGAUGUGUGUAUGGAAGUGACUAUUGGAUAUUUGAUGUCUUUGCCUGUCUGCUGUAUUACUAAACCGAGUAAAAUAGGAGUUGA